GUUCAAUCCCCCGCACCGCGCACACACCGCACCGCACGGACGAGCAGAUGGCUUCCUCCUCCCGUUGCGCACUCUUCGUCGGCUCCAAGAGGACGCGCACAAGCGGCGGGGCAGGAGGAGCCGGCGGAGAGGAAGCAAUGGCCUGGGGGUCGGCGGUGGUGAAGCGAGAGGUGAAGCCGGAGGAGCAGGAGGAGGAGGAGGCAAGGGAGGCGCGGGCGGCGUGGCCGCGCCCGAUCGAGGGGCUCGGCGAGCCAGGGCCGGCGCCGUUCGUGGGCAAGACGUACGAGAUGGUGGCGGACGCGGCCACCGAUGCGGUGGUGUCAUGGGCGGGCCGCGGGAGCAGCUUCGUGGUGUGGGACCCGCUCGCGCUCGCGGCCGCCGUCCUCCCCCGCUUCUUCAAGCACGCCAACUUCGCCUCCUUCGUCAGGCAGCUCAACACCUACGGAUUCCGAAAGGUCAAUCAGGAGAGGUGGGAGUUUGCGAAUGAAGACUUCUUAGCUGGUCAGAAGCAUUUGCUGAAAAACAUCAGGAGGCGGCGUGCUUCCAGGCAUCAUAUGAAGUCACAACUAAGAAAUGGAUCAAGUGUUUGUUAUCGGCAGCCUGAAUCUCUCAGUGAAGUGGAGAAUUUGAAGAGAGACCAUACAGCUCUCAGAGCAGAAGCCGUCAAGCUUAAGCAGCAGUACAGCAUCUGUAAAUCUCAGCUCCUUGCCAUGGAGCAGAGGGUCCUAAGCAAUGAAAGGAAGCAACAGCAGAUCAUCACUUUCUUCGUCAAGUCACUCAGUAACCCAGUCUUUUUGCAACAGAUUUGGCUCAACUAUGGUAAUAAGAAAGAACUAGGAAGCACAGUCAAAAGACAGCGGCUGAUGGAAAAUGAGGAACAGCACGUUGUGGAUGCGCUAUUGAAGAAGGGCACAGACGCUGCAUUUGAGAAGGAGGUUAGCAUUUCUGCAGGGAGCAGUGACUGCGGCACAGUUGAGAACGAUGAACCCAUGCGCAAGUGGAAUGAUCAGAACAUAGGCGACAUGUGCGAUGAUGUAUGGGAAGAGUUGGAUGCGAUACCUGGAAUUGAAAUGAAGCAAGAAGGCAAGGCCGAUAUCGGCUUCGACGUGGAGGAGUUCACUGGAAGGCCUUGUAGUUGGGUUGAUGACUGCCCAUAUCUGGUGGAGCCACUGCAGUUUGUCGAACACUAGGUGUGAGAACAAGAGAAUCUGCCACUAGAUAUGGAUAUAGUAUCAGUUAGCACGUUUUUUUAUCAUAUUACACCGUGUCCCUCUUUUUCUGUCAAUAGCGUUAGCUCUUGUAAUAGACAAGUACAGCAACAGUUCUCCCUGGAAAUAAAAAGCAUACAGUUUGAAUGUUUGA